AUCGAAUCCUAGAAGAGAGAGAGAGAGAGAGAGAGAGGAGGGGGAAGAAGAAGAAGAAGCAGCAGAAGAAGAAGCAAGGGAUCGGAGAGAAUGUGGGAAUCAAUUGUUUUGACGGUUGUUGCGACUGCCGGAAACAACAUCGGCAAGAUCCUUCAGAAGAAAGGCACAGUCAUUCUUCCCCCUUUCUCUUUCAAGUUCAAGGUAUUAAGGUCAUAUGCUAUGAACAAAACAUGGUUGACAGGUUUUGUAAUGGAUAUAUUUGGUGCAUUAUUGAUGUUAAGGGCAUUAGCUCUGGCUCCUGUAUCUGUCAUCCAACCAGUUUCUGGUUGUGGACUGGCAAUUCUUUCAAUCUUCUCUCACUUUUAUCUCAAGGAAGUCAUGAAUGCUGUUGAUUGGGUGGGCAUAACUUUGGCAGGUUUUGGCACAAUAGGAGUUGGUGCUGGAGGCGAGGAGCAAGAGGCUGCUGCUCUAUCUAUUUUUCACAUACCAUGGCUGGCAUUUGCUGUUUUCAUCUUGUUUAUCUUGCUUAAUGGAUGGCUUCGUAUACGCAAACGUCAGCGAAAAGAACAAGAGAUGAUGGAAUAUGAUGUUGUUGAGGAAAUAAUUUACGGCUUGGAAUCAGGGAUUUUGUUUGGGAUGGCAUCUGUUAUAUCAAAGAUGGGAUUUCUAUUCCUUGAACAAGGGUUCCCCAAGCUGCUGGUUCCUUUGUGCCUCAUCAUCAGUGUGUGCUCAAGUGGUACAGGUUUUUACUACCAGACACGCGGUCUGAAGCAUGGGAGGGCUAUCGUGGUUUCUACAUGUGCAGCCGUGGCAUCAAUUUUGACUGGUGUACUUGCCGGGAUGCUUGCUUUGGGAGAGCGACUCCCUUCAGCCCCGAAAGCUCGAUUGGUACUUCUUCUUGGAUGGUUACUCAUUAUUUUAGGCGUGAUUUUACUUGUUGGUUCAACAAGAGUAGUGAGAUUCCUCCGAUUAAAUUCACAGCGCUUUAAAAGAACCAGUGUUGAUAAGAAUCAUGGCCCUAGAAGAUCUGCGGCAUCCCGUAUCAGGGAACCAAGUCCAACUGCUGUUAUUCAAGCAGCGACCUUAAAUCAUCUACUGGCAUCAUCUUCCAAAGAAAAAGCUUGAUUUGACUGAGCUGGAAAAUACUCCUUCAUCCAUUCUCAGUAUUCAACACCCCCAAAGGAAAGAAAGAUAGGAGGAAAGCGUAAACCUCUCUUGCGCGAGUCUUCGCAGUCACAUAGGGCUAGUUAUCAUCAGACAAAACUUGAAGUGAUUUCGCUGCUUUACUGUACAAGUUUUCAGUGCACAUAGAACUCCGUAUCAGAUUUUGAUAGCUCUUGGUGAUAUUGUUACUAUAAUUUCCUUAGCUCCUAAAAUCAGCCUUGUUCAUUCCUCUAUUGCUUUUUUUUUUGAGGGGGGUCCCCUGGUUUGUGAUGCAGUUAUUUGACAGCUCUUGCACUAUAAUGGUCAAGAUACAGUGUUCUACAGAUCAAAACUGCUCCCAAGGAAUAAGGGAAUCAAAUUAUCUACCCUUUUUAUUUGCUCUUAA